AUGGAGUCUAGUGGGGGUGGAAACCUUGUCGUGAAAUUGAUGCCUCCCCUUGUCUUAAUCAAGACAAAAAUAGAGGUUGCAUGUCAAAGGAGUGAACACGUUGGUCAUUUUGUCCAAAUAUAUCAGGAGUCGAUUGGUCAUGAUUUAGAGAUUGCUUGUCACUUAGAGUGUGAAGGGCAACGUGACGUCGUAUUUGGAGUCAAUCCCAGUGAUCAUCAUAGAGUUGGCGUGUUGGCAUUUAAGGGUACUUGGAUAAUAAAUUCGGUCAAUGUAAGUAGGUAUCAUUGGGUGGCCGCUAAAAUAGUUAGGAAUCCAUUUGUCCUGAACACCACUAAGGUCAUAGCUCAUGUCAACAUCAUAAUAGGUGAUAUGUUGAACUGGGUGAUUCUGCCAUUAGGUCCAGAUGUGAGGGUGUGUAAUACUUUUGAGGGUUGUUCGAUUCCCUUGUAUGAGUGUCUCUUUAACAUGUUUGGUAUACAUCUACUUAUCUCUAAUUUUGAGGUGGCCGUGUUGAAACACUUAAAAAUUCCCCCUCACAACUUCAUCCUGGAGCCUCGACCUUCAUAUUGA